AUGCGGGGCGCGCACAUCGCCGGCCCUCUGAGCUGUCCCCGGCCCUCGUCCGCCCGCCCCCGCGCUUCUGCUGUGCGAGCGCGCGCGACAGCCAGCCUGCUGCCCGUCCUCGGAUCCCCCCGCCGCACCGUCCGUCCGCGAGCACGACCCGCUCGCCCCGCACCACAACCGAACCGAACCGGUCCCCGCAUCGGCGCUCCCACUCGGCGCCCCACGACGCCCCAGAUCCCCAUCGCCAUCUCGAUCCGUCCCUUCCGUCCACCCGCGCCCCGGCUCCGCGCUAGAACACGAGUGCCAUCGUCCCCUCCGUCCGUCCACCCCCUCCACGCCCCCGCACCCAACAAGCCCCUCGUCGCCGUCCAAGCACCCACGUCACCCCUGUCGCACCCGCCCACGUCCAAUACCCGCCGCGCCUCUCGUCGUACCGCCGCAUCACCGUCCUCCCAAAAUUCUUUUCACGCCGCCCCCACCGGCAACCCAACGGCCCACUCCACCAAUCGCACACCCCGGUCCCCAAAUCCGACGAACGAGGGCCGCUAUCGCCUGAGCCAAUGGCAAGCCAACAGCCAACAGCCAAUCGCCGUGCACGCCGGCCCGCCCGCGCCCGCCCGCGCCCGCUCGAGUCGCGCCGAGUCGAGGACCCUCGGAGCCAUAUACGGAAGGAACGCCGGCGCACCCCCGUCGCCUCGCGCACCCAUCGCGACUCAGGAUGGGCACGGCGGAGCUCGUCGCGCGACCGUUCUGCACGCGCUCGCGGGUAUCGCAAUGGCGACGACCAUAGGGCCGUCGUCGAUAACGCACGACGACGAAACAGCAACAGCAACAGCAACGGAGCGAAAAAAAAAACUGUCGGUUGGCGCGCGGCUGCUGCUGCACCGAUCCGUGAUCAGCGAUCGUGCACCGCGAUCCGCACCCGCGCUUGACUCGGUGUGGGGUGUGGGUCGGUGUGCGGCUGCACGGCUUUCGGAGGCGCAGGGGGGCCGGGUGGGCCCGUCUCCGCCGCCGGCGCGCGCGUCUCGGUGCGGCAGUCUGCUGCAGUCUGCUACACCUCCAGACUCCAGGCCCCGCUCCGCAUCUUCGCCCACCUCCUCCACCACCAGCACCAUCUUCACCUCGCAUCUGCGUCCGACUCGGCGCGCGCUCUCGCCCUCGCUUCGCCUCCCAUCGCAUCGCGCGCCAGCCGAUUCAAUACUACGCCUUGGCCGCGGCCACUCGCCAGCCAGCAGCAGCCAACCACCGUCCAUCCAUCCAUCCAGCCAGCCAACCAACCACCAUCCAGCUAGCCAGCUAGCCAGUCAGCCAGUCAGCCAGUCAACAGCAGCCAUCCGCAGCCAGCCAGCAGCGAUAAUCGCGCGUCCGCGCUCGGAAGACGCCCGUCCAAUACAAUCGCCCAAGACAAUUCUCCGUGUAGCGUGUAGCGUGCACCGUGUGGUGGUACCGUACCGUAAACGACUCGGUGCGCUCCUCGGUACGUACGAGGCGCGAUCGGCCCUCCUCGUUUCGGCGGCGGCGGCAGCGGCAGCGCUGCGCCCCGACGCGCGAUCUGCACACUCGCGCACGCGUGCUUGGCUGCUCACUCGCUUGGCUAAUAGCUGCCUGCGCCCCCCGCACUGCGCUGCACCGCACCGCCCCGCCCCGCCCUGCCCUGCCCCGUCCCGCUCUGCUCUGCCCUGGCUUGGCUUGCUGCGCACGCGAGACGAGGCACCGUCGCCGUCAUCGCGCGCGCGUACCUGGGCCCUGAGGCGCAGACGUCCCCGACAGCGCAACGCGACGCGACGCCAUCCGUCCAUCCGUCCGUCCGCCCGUCCGUCCGUCUGGCGAUCUGGCUAUCUGGCCGUCCGGCCGUCUAUCUCCGUCUAUCCGUCCAAUGUCUGGUUCAAUGCCGUCGCGACACGCGCGGCGCGGCGCGAGGCGAUCCCGCGCGCGUUCCGCGUUUUGCGCUUGUGCUUGGGCUUGGGGGAGAGGCGGGAGGCGAGCUGGGGUGGGGGGUGGGGGCUGUGCGUCCUGUGGCGAGUGCGUGGCGUCGCGCAGGGCGGGAGGGGACGACACGACACGACGCACACGACACGACGCACACGACACGACACGAGACGCGUUUUGGCUGGGAGACGGAGGCGAGGGGCGGGCGCAGCCACGCCGCCUCCGUCUCCACCGCCGCCGACCCGCCCGCACGCGCGCUUGCGCGCGGACUGGGGGAUCGUCGUGCCCCCAGCAGUGCAGAGCAGCGCAGCGCAGCCCAAAGCACGCAAAUCGACACGGGAGCGGCGCGGCGCGGCGCACCACGCUUUCCGCGCGCUCGGCGCCCCCGAUCGCACCUGCGCGCGGAGUCCGCGGGCGGCGGAGGGACGGAAGGCGCGCCACUGGAGACGCGCGCGUCGCACGGACGCGCUGCGUUGUGUUGUGUUGUGUUGUAUGGCGUGCGCUGCGUUGUAUGGUGUGCGUUGCGUUGUAUGGUAUGCGUGCGUGCGUGCUCCGCGCAUGGAUGCUCGCACGCACGCACGCACGCACGCACGCACGCAUGCACGCAGCUCUUUCUCUCGCUCGCUCGCCGGACGGACGGACGGCGUGUGGGGCUACCGUUCUAUGCACCGUGCAUCGCCCGCCGCGCGCGCCUACCCCGCAGAGCGUUCCCCGCAGAUCCGCGCGCCACCCGCCCCCGCCGUCCUCUGCCGCUUCCCUUUCCGUGCCAGCAAGCUGCCAGCCAGCCAGCCAGCAGGAAGCGCGGGGGAUCCGCCGCCCCACCCGCCCCCGACAGCUCCGAGCGGCGCAUCAUUGCCCCACGUAACCUGUCGCAUGCAGGCGUGGUAUUAUGCACCGCGCCCGCGUCGAUCCCGUCGUCUGAUCCGCCCUGCCCAGCCGUGGCCCCUAGACGCGGCCCUGCUGCUGCUCCCUCUGGGCACUCUUGCGUCUUGGACCGAGCAAGCCGCCGCGAGGGAGUGCUGGCUUGGCUCGCUGCGCGUCGUGAUUCGACGCACGCACGCUCCGCCGACGGCCCGCGUGGCUCGGUGGCAGUAUCGACGCACAUGGACGUGUGGGGUCGUGCGAGUCCGCCCGCUGCUGUACCCCGCCCGGACGAGGUUCCUCUCCGGGUCGAUUCAUUGCGCGCCGCAUUUGGGCUCCCGUCCCGCUCGCGAGCAAGGCCUGGCAGGGCCAUGGUUACGCACCGCGCAGAUGGAUUCGAGAUUCGAGAACCAAGAUUCGAGAUUCGGAAUUCGGAUUCGGGGAACUUAA